CAGACUCUUGGUCCAAGCUCUCAGGAGCAUAUGGGAGCAGGGAGUACUCUGAAGUACAGGGACAUUUCUCUAAGGGAUCCUUGAGCCUACACAAUGUGCUUUACCCCCACAAAGUAGGACGCAUUGCCCUCUCCUCGGGCCAGGUGGCUCAGCUGUCGAGUACCAGCCAGCUGUUCUGCAAGGGCAACCCAACUCCUGAGCUGGUGCUGAUGGGAGGACAGGCCUGACAUUGCUGGAGUAUCAUCUCUUCCCCGAAACACGCCAUUCCUGACAGGACACAGUCUGAUUUCUUCUUGCUCUUACGGGCAAUGCCUGCCUCUGAGUGGCCAUAGAAACUCUGGCUCCUCGAGAGAAGGGACCACCUCUUUGGUGCUGUGUUGAAGGAUGGCUGGAUCCCUCCCUGCCAGCCGCUGGCUCCUAUUACUGUGUGUGGGAUUCCUGGCAGUGGCCUUAUGUGUUGACUCAGUGGGGUCAGAGAAACUUGGAAGCAGAAGAAGCCGAGAGAAGACAUCCCAGUGGAAUGAGUAUCCCACAGACCAGGGAAAAAGCAGCAUGCUUCUGCCAGCCUCUAACGACCCGGAACCCCUUCCUGAGCAGUCUCGCAGCAUCGACCCCCGGGACACCUGGAUGCUCUUUAUGAAACAGUCAAAUAAAGGGGUGAACAGCAAGAAACGGGGCAAAGGCAAAUCAAAAAAAUUCAAAUUUGGCCUGCCAGGCCCACCAGGUCCUCCCGGCCCUCAAGGAGCCCUGGUAACACCAGAAGAAUUGCUGAAGGACUUCCGGCUGCUGCUGAAAGAGGUGGUAAAGGAGCGGGAGAGGAUGAGCCUGAAGGCCUGUGAAGGUUGCCAGGAAGGUGAGGAAGAGGAGGAGAGAGGAGAAGAUGACAUCUUGGCACUUGUUGCUGGUCCGUUGGCAAAGACUAAGCCACAGCAUCGAGUGGAGGCAGCCUUCCACUGCCGAAUACGGAGAAACAUUUCCAUUGAACGAAGAUCCCUGCAAGAGCUGCAGAUCUAUUACAUACCUCAAAAAGAGGGGGUGUUCCAUCGAGGCCUGGGGCUGAACCUGACCAGCGGCCAAUACACAGCACCUGUUGCAGGGUAUUACACCUUCACCGCCACCUUGCACAUCGUUCAUGGAGAACAACAGAAGAAAGGGCAACAGCGUGCAAGAGAUCGCCUGCGGGUACUGAUCUGCGUCCAGUCUCUGUGUCAACAUAACAUUUCUCUGGAGACGGUGGCUGGUUUGGACAGCAGUGAACUUUUCACCAUCUCAGUCAGUGGAGUCCUGUACUUACAGGCUGGCCAGUAUGCCUCAGUUUUUGUAGAUAAUGCCACUGGAUCAUCCCUCACUGUUCGAAGUGGCUCGGAUUUCAGUGCUGUUCUUCUGGGAGUGUGAAUGGUCUCAAACCAUCUACUCUUACAUGCUGUAAGCUGAAUUGGUCUCUUCGCAAGAACCACCUUAAUUCCCUUCCACCCAAGCUCAGGGAGCAAAGCAUAGUGAGGUCAGGAGCAGCAGUCUCUACAAAUUCUGCUUGUGCAGCCACCAUACUUUGCACAAGAUCUCAAGCUGGAGAGCCGGAAAGAAAAUUGGAAGCAUGAAAAAAGGAGGACUCACUAAAUCCAUCCCCCUUUAAUUUAUGGCCAGAUUUUGAACCUUAUUUUACACGGACAAUUAUAAUAUGGCUGACUUCUAAAACCAGACCAACUUUUAUAAAGGAAACCCUCCCCCCAAUCAAGCACAAAUGCUUAGGAAAAGGUGAUUUGAAGAAGCCUUCAACCAUAGACUAGCACUUUGGCAGUUUUUUGUUGUUCAGUUUUUCAGCAGCCAAAGCCAGAUUAUGUAUAUAGCUCUAGCUUUCUUAUAGCUUAUCAGUUAAGGUUUGCUAUCAGCAGGCACUGGUACUUGGAAGUUAAUUUUCAAUGCAGAGCAGUGUCCUGAUAAGGCAGCAGACUAGUUAGAACAUGAAUUACUAUCCAAUGAUUUUCCACUUCCUAGGCAGUGUACUCACAUCACCACCCCAUUCUCUGCCCGUGGCAGAGAGCCCAGUGAACGGGUGGUGGAGAUACUCACCGUUACGCCUGGUUUUGGUCCCGAUAGCACAGUCUAACUCCGAUUAACCCAGUGGGACUACGUGCAUAAAUAAGGGCUGCAGGAAUGGGCCCUAAAUUAAUAACAAAGGCAGGGAAAGAAAAAGAUGCAGUCUCAUUUCUUAGUACCAUGUACUUAAUUCUUGAGCUCCUGCCAGAACUUCAAUGAGAUAUCCUAGAACUACACUCGGCUCCACCUUCAUGAUAGCAGGACAGGGGGCUCAACUCUCUCUGAAUUUUAUUUCUUCCCCACCAACAAAGCUUUUCCAGUCCUGCUGGAGAAACUGCUUUCACAGCAAAUGCUCCUUUCCGGAAACAAAGUUAACCUGGACUAGGGCAUUUGCUAUUGGCAGCACUUUCACAAAAUCUUUCAGGAAAAAGCUACGCACGCUGUCCUUUACAUAAAACACUAGCGCUCCCUACAAACCAGCUCAUAUAAUUCGCUGGUUAGAAAAUGGUAAGUACCUCUCUAUUGCAAUAAAAGACCAGCAGCAUGGCUGCAGCUGGCAAGGCUCAGGCUGUGGUGCUUAAAAUUGCAGUAUAGACAUUCAGAUUCAUGCUGAGACCCCACAAUGAGGGAGGGUCUCUGAGCCCAGGCUCCAGCCUGAGCCUGAACAUCUUUGCUGCAAUUUUUAUCCCCACUGCCCAAGUUAAAUGACCUGGGCCCUGAGACUCAGUGCUGUGAGCUUUUCAUUGCAAUGUAGCCAUACCCUUACUGUUGUCUUGGAAAAGCUUUACAAGUAUUUUGGAGCCCUGGUAACAAAGUAGGACGUAAGCCCCAAGUUCAAAAAUUUGGUGCUUUCAGCUUUUUAUGGUAUGUAGCAACUUACACACCAAAUUCCUGCAGUCUUUACUCUAGCUGAAUUCCCACUGAAGUUCUGGAGAAUUCAAGCCUGAAAGCCCUUCUCUUUACGAGGAAAAGUAAUUGUGUUCUUAUUAUGUGGCAAAAUCCUAGUGAACGCAGACCAUGUUGUAGCUUUCACACAAAUCAGCAGAUCAAGGCAAAUGUCAGGGUUCCCCAUGGCAGGUCAAGGUAAGAUCUGAAGGACAGCAUCAGGGUUUACUGUUUCAUACAAAUGAACUGCCUUGUCUUCAUUAGGAUUUUACCACAUAUGUUAACACAAGGGAAAAAUACAGCUAGUCUUGUAAUGAAGAGGCACCCCAAAAGGACAGCAGUUCACUCUUAGGCAUUGAUCCUGCAAGGUGAGCAGUCCCCUGGGAAGUCUGUGGGAGUAGGGGACAUGGUGCAGCUUGCAGAGCCAAUCUGCUUGUGUCCUUAAAAUAAACUCAGCCUAUUGCUAUUUAGUGAAGGACAACUCAGUAUGCCCCCCGCAAAGGGGUAACACUGCUCAGCAGCAGAAUGUCCAAAAUGGACUUCUGUUCAGGAUGGCAUCAUAAUGGGUUGCUAUUCUUCACAGCAAAACACUAAAGCAAGUGUUGAAACAUUAAAUAAAAAGUCUAGACAAGACAGCUAAACUGUCUUGGGUGUUCUCUCAGUAAGUUGCUCACCCCUGCCACCUUACCCUGGAAACGUCAGCAGGCCUCCCAUCUUUAACUACAAUAAAGCUAAGGUUAGCCCUGGUCCUCCAAAAGCAGAUUGCAAUUUGUCUCCAAGCUACAACUAUUGUGAAACUCCUACAUUCCUCUCCCUGCGAUAUAGAUAAAUGUAUGGUAUAAAGCAUUUUAUGAAAAAAAUAUUUAUUGGAUGGUACUGUAAUAUGGAAUAUAUUUAUGUAACUGACUUGAGUUGUGCUUUCAGUAAUGUUUCACCAAAGAGGUUUGAGAAGGGGAGGGAUGACAGAAAAAUGAAUCUAUAGCCAAAGAAAACAAAAGGGAAGUGUGGGGAGAGACAAUGGGAAGAGGAAACAAAGGACUCUCUCCUCACACUUGAGACACAAAAAAGCAGAGGCAGCAAGGAGAAAGGAAUAAAAGAAAGUUCACCAGCUCCAGAUCCUCAAAGGUAUUUAAGCACUUAAGUGCACAUCUUGAAAGCAGUAAAGAUAGCCUGAAUGUUCCCUGCUUAGAGAUGCCCCAUCCACUCCUAUCUGAUGCCAGUCGCACUCCCAGCUGGCAUUAGAGGCAUCUUCCAACUGCCUCUGCCUCCACCCCCCUUAUUUGAUAAGCUGAGACAAAUGGGGGAUGGGAAAAGGAGGAGGAGGAGCAGGUUCAGUUUUUGUUCUGAGAACUGUUACCAGUAACGUUAUUUUUCCUCUCAUUUGUGGCUUUCUUCCCCCUUCCUCCCCCAUUAAUUUCCAAGCUCCUAAAUAAUUGCAUCCUCUGCCUGUUCACAUCACUACACAAUUACCAGAGGCAAGUCUAAACCUGCCCUUUAGUUUCUGACAGUAGAUUUGCUAGCACCCAGGAUUUCUCUUAAUCUCUUUAGAAGAGUAAAUGUUUUUUGAGGAAGCGCCUCCACUAUUUUUGCUCCAUUUCACAAUGUUUAACAUUUUAAAAGGGGCAAUUCUACAUCCCCUGAAAUCAAGAGCAAAACUUCCCUUGAUUUCCAAGUCACCAGAAUUGGGCUUGACAAACAUUUUGCACAGGCUGAAUUUCAGACCAGAUGCAUCCAUCAACCACCUUCUUAAUAUUACAUAACCAUGUUUAAUAACACUGAGAGAUCGUUCUCAGCUAGACCAAAUACAAUGAAGUCACUGCUCCAGGGUGGUAGACUAGCCAUUUGUGAAUGGGUAACUGGAAACUGAUG